AUGCAGGAACGAGAGUGUGACAUCGCGUGCGUGUCGGAGCCUUAUCGGGUCCCCAGAGAUCCCAGAUGGAUCGGAUUUACGGAGGCGACCCCUAUGGCUGCCAUCACUUGGCAGGGCCCCAAGCCCCCGAAAUCGAUGGUGGUGAUUGGCCGUGGAGAGGGGUUUGUCGCAGUCAUAUGGGAUGGACUUGUCGUGGUUUCGGGAUACUUUUCCCCGAACAAAAGUGUUAACCAGUUCCGGGCUUUCCUGUCGGCCAUCAGGGACGCAAUAAUUGCGCAUAGGGGCAGGCCUAUGUUGAUUGUGGGCGACUUUAACGCGCGAUCACACCUCUGGGAAAAUACACACCCCACUGUUCGAGGGGAGGUGAUGGCGGAUUGGGCGGGUGCCUUGGACCUGCGCCUGUUGAACGUCUUUGAUAUACCAACAUGCGUGAGACCGCAGGGGAGGUCGGUCAUUGACCUCUCCUGGGCCUCUCCUGCGGCCCUUCCGAGUAUUAGGAAUUGGGAAAUCGCUACGGAGGAAGAAUCCCUAUCAGACCAUAGGUACGUGUUCUUAGACCUGGGACGUGGAAAUGGAUUACGCGAUAUCGGAGGAACACUCAAGAAAUUCCCGCGCUGGAACCUGAAGAGUCUGGACGUGGAUCGCCUGCGCGCCUGUGUGGCAACGAGACUAUGGCCUAGGUUAGAUGAUAGCUUAGGCGCGGAAGGUCUGGCUGAAAGAAUCCAAUCAACGUUCACCGAGGCCUCUAGCGUUGCGAUGCGCAGGUCGGGCAAUCACAGGAAAAGACCAGUGUAUUGGUGGAACUCGGAGAUCUCGGAGCUACGGGCGGAAUGCGUAAGAUUACAAAGACAGGUCACGAGAGGGCGUAGGAGACACCGAACGGCGGUUCCACCCCUCGAGGCGGAACUAGCGCGAGCUAGAGGGAUACUUAGGAAAGCAAUUAGGGACGCUAAAAAUAAGGCCUGGCUGGGACUCCUGGCUGAGGUGGACGGGGAUCCCUGGGGGAGGCCCUUCAGGAUCGUCCUGGGAAAAAUGACCACAACCUCGACCGUCGAGGCGGGCGAAUUAACUAAUAGACCUCGUCUGCCGGUGCUAUGGGACGAAGACUGUGCGGUCACGGUAGGUGAGGUGGAAUGGGCUGCCUCUAAAUUGAGACAAACUGGUAAGGCCCCGGGACCGGACGGUAUCUGGGGAGGAGGUAAUUAA